AUGACCGCCAAUGAUGAACAUUCAAAUGAACAGUCCGUAAGUAACCUAAAGAUGUUCACUUCAGGGAUGAAAAAUAAUCAAAGGUGUAAUGGACAAAAAACAUCACCUUUAGUGGAUCAAAUAUUUAGUGCUAAGUCUUGUAAUGCAGAUUUUGUAGUUAAGAAUAGACUAGGUGGUAGAUGUACAUAUAAUAAUGGGAAACAAAGUGAUGGAACAUAUUUUAAGGACCCAGUGUUGUUAUCAAAUACCAUGUUCAAUAGUAAUAGUUCUUACACUAAGGUGAAAACAGAACCAGAAGAUGAUUUUGAAAGUCAAAUUACUGCCCACAGUAUUAUAGAUAUAGGUGAAAUUAGAGUUAAACCAGAGAUACCUUCAUCUGUGCUGAAAUCAAGGUCAUAUGGUGGAAGCAUCAGGGCUACACGUAAUGAGGUACUCCAGAGGAUAAGUGCAGAUGCUGAUAUUCACAAUCACUAUCAGAAGCAUUGGUUCAGUGCCAGUCUUGAAGUAAGUGUGAUCCAUUUUCAAAUCAAUGAUAACUUUUACAAUAAACAGUAG